GGCGCACGUUCAGCUGGGAGACGUUCACUGCAACCUGUGACAACCUGGGAACCACUUGGUACUACUCAUCCACCAACCGCAGCCAAGAUGCCCAAAACGGUCAAUGUCCGCAUCACCACAAUGGACGCGGAGCUGGAGUUCUCCUUCCACCCCAACACAACAGGGAAGCAGCUCUUUGACCAGGUUUCCAGGACCAUCGGCCUGCGUGAGACUUGGUACUUCGGGCUGCAGUUUGUUGACAUCAGAGGAUUCACCUCAUGGUUGAACUCUGAAAAGAAGGUGAUGUCUCAGGAAGUGAAGAAAGAGACUCCCCUGCAGUUCAAGCUGUUGGUCAAGUUUUACCCUGAGGAUGCAGCCGAGGAGCUGAUCCAGGACAUCACCAGGAGGCUCUUCUUCCUCCAGGUGAAGGAGGCGAUUCUGAAUGAGGAGAUCUACAGCCCUCCAGAGACCGCCGUGCUGCUGGGCUCCUACGCCAUCCAGGCAAAGUAUGGCGAGUACAACAAGUCGACGCACAAGCCACGUUACAUGUCCUCUGAGCGUCUUCUGCCCAAGAGAGUGCUGGACCAACACAAGCUGUCAAGGGAGCAGUGGGAGGAGAGAAUCCAGGUUUGGCACCAGGAGCACGGAGCGAUGCUAAAGGAAGAGGCCAUGAUUGAGUACCUGAAGAUCACCCAGGAUCUUGAGAUGUAUGGCAUUAACUACUUUGACAUCAAGAACAAGAAGGGCACAGACCUGCUCCUGGGAGUCGACGCUCUAGGCCUCAACAUUUAUGCAAAGAACGACAAGCUGACUCCGAAGAUUGGAUUUCCCUGGAGUGAAAUUAGAAACAUUUCUUUCAAUGAUAAGAAAUUUGUUAUCAAGCCCAUAGACAAGAAAGCCCAAGACUUUGUAUUCUACGCUCCACGGCUUAAAGUCAACAAGGGCAUCCUGCAGCUGUGCAUGGGCAACCAUGAACUGUACAUGCGACGCCGCAAGCCCGACACCAUCGAGGUUCAGCAGAUGAAGGCUCAGGCCACACAGGAGAGGCAGCAGAAGAAGAUGGAGAGGGAUCAGCUGGAGAGCGAGAAGAAGAGGAGGACGGCCAUCGAGAGGGAGAAGGAGGAGAUGGAGAGAGAAAAGCGGGAGCUGAUGGAGAGGCUCCACCAGUUUGAAGAGACAACUAGGAGAGCAGAGAGAGAGCUUCAGGAGCAGCUGGACCGGGCCAUGAGGUUGGAGGAGGAGAGGAGGAGGGUGGAGGAGGAGGCGGCCCGGCUGGAGGCUGAGAGGAUGGAGGCUAUAAUAGCCAAGGAGGAGCUGGCCAGGCAAGCUGAGGACCAGUUAAAGAGCCAGGAGCAGCUGGCUGCAGAGCUGGCCGAAUAUAGCGCCAAGAUUACUGCGCUGGAGGAGGCCAAGAGAGCCAAGGAGGAAGAGGCUGAGACAUGGCACACCAAGGCUGUCGAAGUGGAGGAGAGUCUGCUGAAAACGAAGGAGGAGCUGCACACUGUGAUGAGUUCUGCCAACUCAGCUCCUGUUGCUGAGCAUGCAUCCUCCUCCUCCUCCUCCUCCUCCUCCUCAGACAGCGAGAGUGACCAUGAGCACAGCGAAGAAAACAGCACCUAUAGCGCCGAGCUGCAGACACAAGGCAUCAACUACGACCGCCAGGAGGAGGAGCGACUCACCGAGGCCGAGAAGAACGAGCGCCUGCAGAAGCAGCUUCAGGACCUGAGCUCAGAGCUGGCACAAUCCCGAGAUGAUAACAAGAAGACCCAGAACGAUAAACUCCAUGCCGAGAACGUCCGCGCUGGCCGUGAUAAGUACAAGACCCUCCGUCAGAUCCGUAUGGGCAACACCAAGCAGAGGAUUGAUGAGUUUGAGGCCUUGUAGAAAUGCCAGAGACCUAAAGCUCUCUCACAAAUACCUCGUGAAGGCCUUGUUCAGCAUUUUAAUAUAACUGAAACCAAAUGUGAUCCCAAACACCCAGAAAAGGCAUGGAGCUGAUCUGUGUAAUAAUUUCUGCACGAGUUUUACUUUGCUGGCUGAAACUGGCACUGUGGGUUGUUUUUGCUCUAUUCUGUUUUGUGUUGCACUCAAAUGUUUCCAAUGUGCUGUUUAGUCCCAUUAAAAUGCUGAUGUGCAUCACUCUGGAGACCAGAUAUACUGUAUGAACAAAGCUAGUACUAGGGGUACUAUAGAACUUAUAUAUCUUAUCAUAACUAAUCAGUAGUUGUUGCAAUUUACAUUUGCAGUUUUGUUACUGUAACAAACUGAAGUGGUUAAAUUUUGAUUUAUUUAAAUGA